AUGUCGAUUGGGCAAUUUGUUCAGAAGAUCGAUGCCUACCGGCUUGGAACCGGUGUGGCAUUGCUGUUCCUAGCUGCCUUUUAUUCCCCUGUCAUGGUGAUGGUGCUAUCCCCUGUCUUUGGCUCUCACCCCGUGCAUCUCUUCCACAGCUACGGCGUGGCUAUUGUUGGUGCUGCUGGAUGGUUCGCAAAGGACCAGAUCCAAAGACGACUGGGUCGUCUUGCUGCUUAUAUGCUUCCUGUCCUGGCAUUCUGGACCCCCACGUUGCAAUAUUUUGUGAUGCAGCAGAGCUCUCAACUGGGAAAUCCGAUUGGUCCAAUUGUCACUGAGCUGUUCGGCUACUACCCCCUGUUGGUGUUGACUGUGGCCAUCGCUGGUAAGCAGAUCCAGGCCGCUUUGAACCUUGAGUCGCAUGGAGAGGUUGCGGCGGAGCACAUCCCUCUCCUGGGAUCGUAUCUCAUCUACUCUGUUUGUGAGCGCAUUUCCCACGCAAUCUUGGCCCGUGUCAUCGGUACUACCGUGCUCUUUACCCGCGCUGGUAUGCAAUUUGUCAUUGCUAUCUUCUAUGCGGUUGUUGUUCCUAAGUCCAAGCUCCUGCUUCUGGCCAUUCCAUCCGUGCUCUUUAGCAUCACUGCUGAUGUCCACUUGGGUGGAAUUGGUGCUGCAAACUCCGCCCUCCAACAUGAGGGUUACUCUCUUUUGGCUCGUCAGGAAUCCUCUACGGGAUAUCUUUCGGUUUUGGAGAACGACCACGAUGGCUUCCGUGUGCUGCGUUGUGACCACAGUCUUCUGGGUGGACAGUGGACAAAGUCUAUCCCCGGAUACCAGCCCCAAGUUGAAGAUCCUAUCUACGCCGUCUUUGCUAUGCUCGAAGCUGUUCGUCUUAUUGAACCUGAUAACGGUGUCCACCGCGUGGACGCAGACAGCAAGGCAUUGGUGAUCGGCCUUGGAAUCGGCACUACUCCUUCGGCCUUGAUUAAGCACGGCAUCGAUACCACAAUUGUUGAAAUCGAUCCCGCUGUGUACAAGUUUGCAACUGAGUACUUCAAUCUGCCAUCCAACCACGUCGCAGCCAUUGAGGAUGCAACAACAUUUGUCAAGAAAGCACAAAAGACUGCCACUCAAUACGACUACAUUGUCCACGAUGUCUUCACCGGUGGUGCCGAGCCAUCCGAGCUUUUCACCUGGGAGUUCUUAACGGAUCUGCGCGCACUGCUCAAGGAUGAUGGUGUCAUUGCUAUCAACUACGCCAGCGACAUUGCCCUCUACCCCACGGGCCUGAUCGUCCGCACUAUCAAAGCCGUCUUCCCGUCCUGCCGUAUCUUCCGCGAAUCAGAAGCAAACCAGGACGACGCGACCUCUGACUUCACUAACAUGGUUCUCUUCUGCAAGAAGACCAAGGACUCGUCUUUGGACUUCCGCAAGCCGACCUCGGCUGAUUACCUAGGCAGCAAGGCUCGUGAAAGCUAUCUGCUGCCGAGACAUGAGAUCGAUUUCUCCUUGUUCGACACCGUUCCCAACAAGGGCAGACGCUUCCUUGUCGCGAAGGAGGUCAAGCGUCUGGACAAGUUCCAGGAUCGAGCUGCGCUCGAGCAUUGGGAGAUUAUGAGGAAGGUUCUUCCUGCUGCCGUGUGGGAGAACUGGUAA